AUGGAUGAACGCCACACGUCGACGUCUUCAUAUGUGUCGCAUUCAGAACGAGCCGUCGAAGACGACCACAACUCGCUUCUCGCCUCAUCGUCGCUGUCGUCGCUGAUUCGCGGAACACGCGGCCAUUUGAACAAUUUCAUCGAAUCCGUCGGAAAUUGGCUCGUUCCUUCAAGUGGCCGAGACGACGACGCUGUAUCACUCGACAGUUGCCAAUCUGGAUACAGUCCGGUCCACAAUAGCAGUCUAUUAAUGGAUUCGCCAUCGACACAUGUCCCCGACCAUUAUUACUCGGUAACAAUUGGGGAAGCACAAUUGGUGAUACUCAAAAGAUACCAAAAUCUGAGGCUAAUUGGAUCGGGUGCUCAGGGGAUCGUCUGCUCCGCACUCGACACCGUCCGAAAUGAGCAAGUCGCCAUUAAAAAAUUAUCAAGACCUUUUCAAAAUGUCACACAUGCAAAGAGAGCAUAUCGCGAGUUGAAGCUUAUGAGCCUCGUGAAUCAUAAGAAUAUAAUAGGAAUAUUAAAUUGUUUUACACCACAAAAAUCUCUGGAUGAAUUCAACGAUUUGUAUAUUGUGAUGGAAUUAAUGGAUGCCAAUUUGUGUCAGGUCAUCCAAAUGGAUCUCGACCAUGAGCGGCUCUCCUACCUCCUCUACCAAAUGCUUUGCGGUAUUCGGCAUUUGCAUUCGGCUGGAAUCAUCCACAGGGAUUUGAAACCAUCGAAUAUUGUGGUCCGUAGCGAUUGCACCUUGAAAAUUCUCGACUUUGGACUUGCGCGAACCGCCGUCGAAGCAUUCAUGAUGACGCCUUAUGUGGUCACGCGCUAUUAUCGAGCACCCGAGGUUAUUCUCGGAAUGGGAUAUCGCGAAAACGUUGACGUCUGGUCGAUUGGAUGUAUUUUUGGCGAGCUGAUACGCGGAAGAGUGCUAUUCCCUGGCGGCGAUCAUAUUGAUCAAUGGACACGAAUUAUAGAGCAACUAGGAACACCGGAUCGCUCAUUUCUCGAGCGAUUACAACCAACAGUGCGGAAUUACGUUGAAAAUCGGCCGAGAUAUCAGCCGACCCCAUUUGAGGUGUUGUUCAGCGAUAACAUGUUCCCGCCAGCUGCGGACAGUUCAAGGCUGACAGCGGCUCAAGCGCGAGAUCUGCUCUCAAAAAUGUUGGUGAUCGAUCCGGAACGUCGAAUUUCGGUCGACGACGCCCUCCGCCAUCCCUACGUCAAUGUGUGGUUCGAUGAGAAUGAGGUGUACGCGCCGCCGCCGAAACCCUACGAUCACAAUUUGGAUGUCGAGCAGAAUGUUGAGUCGUGGAGGGAGCACAUUUUUCGCGAGCUCACCGACUACGCGAGACGGCACGACAUCUACACGUGUUAG